CCGCCCCGCGCUGCAUGGACUGGUACAUGAUGAACUGCGAGCUGCUGGCCACCUGCAGCGCCCUGGGCUACCUGGAGGGCGACGUGUACCACCGCGAGCCCGACUGCCUCGAGAGCGUGAAGGAUCUGAUCCGGUACCUCCGGCACGAGGACGAGAGCCGCGACGUGCGGCAGCAGCUGGGAGCAGCGCAGAUCCUGCAGAACGAUCUGCUGCCGCUGCUCGUUCAGUACCCGCGGGACCGGAGCCUUUUCGAUGCGGUCGUCAGGCUGAUGGUGAACCUGACGCAGCCAGCGCUGCUCUGCUUUGGCAAAGUGCCGUCGGACGCCACCGCCCGGCACCACUUCCUGCAGGUGCUGUCCUACCUGCAGGCGUACAAAGAGGCGUUCGCCAGUGAGAAGGUGUUUGGGGUGCUGAGCGAGAAGCUGUACGAAGUGCUGCAGCUGGACUGGGAGCAGAGGCAGGAGGAGGACGCGCUGCUGAUCGAGCGGAUCCUGCUGCUGGUGCGCAACGUGCUGCACGUGCCUCCCGACCCCGCUGCAGAGCAGGGUGUGGAUGGCGAUGCCAGCGUGCACGACCGCGUGCUGUGGGCUCUGCACAUCAGUGGCAUGGAUGACCUGCUCAAGUUCCUGGCCAGCACACCGGCUGAGCAGCAGUGGGCUCUGCACGUCCUCGAGAUCGUCUCCCUCAUGUUCCGUGACCAGAGCCCGGAGCAGCUGGCAGCGCUGGGUCAGGGGCGGGCAGGCGCCGAGUGCGGGGAGGAGACGCGGGAGCUGCAGAGUCUGCGGCAGCGGGAGCAAGCAGAGCAGAGAGUGCGGGCACUGCAGCGUCCAUCCAGACACUCCCGUUUCCGCGGUUCCUAUGUCAUCCAGGGGCUGAAGGCCAUCGGGGAGCACGAUGUUGUCUUCCAUAGGGGGCUGCACAACCUGCAGAGCUACAGCCACGACCUGGGCAAGGAGACGCGCCGGGUGCCGUGGCGUCGCUGGGCCCCCCCUGAGCCGGGACCCCCCCGGCGCUCUGCCCGCAACGUCCGGCUCUUCCUGAGCUGCUUCUGCCAGGACUUCCUGGAGGACUGCUACAACCGCCUGAUGCUGCUGGUCAAGGACCAAUUGCUGCGGGAGAAGGCGCAGCAGCACGAUGAGACGUACUACCUGUGGGCCACCGCCUUCUUCAUGGCCUUCAACCGUGGCCGGGGGUUCCGUGCCGAGCUGGUGUCGGAGACGGUGAGCGUGCGUGCCUUUCACUUCAUCGAGCAGCACCUCACCAACUACUACGAGAUGGCCCUGAUGGACAAGAAGGAGGCGGCCACCUGGGCGCGCAGGAUGCACCUGGCCCUGAAGGCGUACCAGGAGCUGCUGCGCACGGUGCAGGAGAUGGACCGCUGCGCAGAGCCGACGGUGCGGGACAGCAGUCAGGUCAUCAAGAACCACAUCUUCUAUCUGAUGGAGUACCGGGAGCUGCUCCUCGCGCUCUUUCGGAAGUUCGAUGAGACAAAGCAGCCUCGUGCCUUCCUGCGGGACCUGGUGGAGACGGCGCAUCUCUUCCUGCAAAUGCUGGAGCGCUUCUGCCGUGGCCGCUCCGGCCUCGUGGUGCAGAGCAAACGUGUGAGGAGGAAGAAGAAGCCCCGUGCCCCUGCAGCGCCGCAGCCGCCGGGCGCAGCCGAGCUGGAGGAGCUGUGGGCAGCGGUGGCCCAGCAACUCCAGGACUGCCUGCAGGGCACGGUGCCGCUCCCUGAGGAUGUGGUGCCUUUUGACGCUGCCUCGGAGACCCCGGUGGAGAAGCAGCGCGCGUUGGCUCUGCUGCGCAUCCAGGAGUGCCUGCGGGAGGGGGGGGCCCCCCAGGCCCUGCGGCUGCUGCGCUCUGCCAGGGAAGUGUGGCCCGAAGGGGAUGUUUUCGGCCCCCCCAGCGCGGAGCCUGCCGAGGAGACGCAGCUGCUGCGUGAGAUCUGCUUUGCUGCGCUGCCCCGGCCCACCCCCUCCCCCGAGGCUGAGGAGCCGGAGGAGCCUGAGGAAGAGGAGGAGGAAGAGGAGGAGGAGGAAGAGGCAGUGCAGGUGUCGGAGAAGGAGUUCAAUUUCAUGGACUACCUGAAGCGGUUUGCCUGCGUGCCCGUGGUCCGUGCCUGCACGCUGCUGCUGCGGGGCUACGCACAGAACAGCGCCCGCACCAACCACUGUGCUGCACGGCUGCUGCACCGCCUGUCCCGCCAGCUGCGCAUGGAGGCGCUGCUCUUCCAGCUCUCCCUCUUCACCCUCUUCCAACGCCUCCUCAGCGACCCCGGCGCCCACCAGGAGCUGGUGGCCUUGGCCAAGUAUAUCCUGGGUAAGUUCUUCGCGCUGGCAGCCACCAACAAGAAGGCGUUCGUGGAGCUGCUCUUCUGGAAGAACGCUACGGCUGUGCGCGAGAUGAGUGAGGGCUACAGCUCCCUGAGGGAUGGGGAGGGCGCUGGAGCACGUCGGACCCCCGCCUGGAGCCCACAGGAGGAGCAGGCGCUGCGGGAGCUGUUCUGGAAGUAUAAGGAGGCAGAAGGUCAGGACAUCAUUGCCUCCAUCCUGGCGGAGCUGCCUGGCCGCACGCGGCGGCAGGUGGUGCAGCAGUUGGUGCGCAUGGGGCUGGUGGGCAGCGCCAGGGACUUCCCACGGCCAAGGAAGGGCACCAAUAUUGUGCUGUGGACGGAGGAGCAGGAGCUGGAGCUGGAGCGGCUCUUUGAGGAGUUCAGGGGAUCAGAUGACAUCCUGGGGAACAUCAUGAAGAACCUGACGGCACGGCGCUCACGGGCACGCGUGGUGGAGAAGCUGCUGGCAAUGGGGUUGGUGGCAGAGCGCAAGGAGCUGCACAAGAAGCGCCGGAGGAAGAGCUGCGGCCCCCAGACGGGUGAGGCAGAUGCUGCAGUGGUGUCAGCCCAUAACAGCUCUGCUGAGGACAGUGAGGAGGAGGAAGAGGAGGAGGAGGAGGAGGAGGAGGAGGAAGAUGAAGCAGAGGAUGACCCCAUGGAGGAGCCCUGGGACCCCAAGGAGGGGACGGGGCUGGCCUUGGUGCAGCGCCUGCAGCAGGAAGGGCUGGAGGGGCCCCUGCGGUGGCUGCAGAACUGCCUGAGGAGGACGGCGAGGGACCGUGAGACGGAAGGGAUGUCCUUCCCAGUGCCGUUGGUGCCACUCUCAGAGGAGAAUGAAGAUGCCAUGGAGGACCGGGGCUUCCGUGCUCUGCUGCGGGAGGUGGGGCUGCGGCCCCCUGCCAACGAGCAGGUGAUGCCCCUGUCCCCAUCUCUGUCCCCAUUGCUCCUGGCACAGCCCACAGCAUCCCCCCUCUGUCCCCAGGAGUCCUUCUGGCGCAUCCCUGCUGCCCUCACCCCACAGCAGCUGCGCCGUGCAGCCGCCUCCAUCACCCCCCCGAGCCCUCAGGGGCCCCCCCAGGAACUGCCAGCAGCACCACAGGAGCCCGCGGGAGGGGAAGGCGGCCGGGGCUCUGGGAGCAGUGUGACGGGUGCAGGAACCUCCCCUGAGCCCCUCUGCCCCACAGCAGAGCCGCUGCCCUCCCCGCUGGGGUCGGACUCAGAGAGCGAGGAGCCCCUCGCCAUCCCCGCACCAUCAGGCAGCAAACGGCGGUGGCAGCUCGACAGCGAGGAUGAGGAUGGUGACGUGGAGGCAGAGCUGCUCCCCCUGGCUCCCCCAUCAGGGGAGGAUGAGGACCCCCACCCCAUGGGCAGAAGAAAACGCAUCCGCCGCCUUCUGGAGGAGGAGGAAGAGGAGGAAGAUUGAGGUUCCCCGGGACAGCAGUCCCUGCAAUGCCCCUGCUCUGCUGUUGGGGCUUUUUGUACAGCUUUAUCGGUUUUGGGGGCUCUCUGUGGGUUUUUAAGUUCUUUUUAAAGGCGCGGUGCUUUUCCUUCCCUUGUCCCCAUUUUACCUUUUCACCGGGGUUUGGGUUUAGGGUUUGUUUGUUUGUUUCUGACACUGUUUUACAUCGGGAACGGCACCAAAUAAAUCAGUGCACGAA